UAAUUGUUGACCCAUCGUCUCCAGCACAACAAUUGGAUCACCCAUUGUUGAGGUCUACCUCCCCACCCCUUCCUAGCGUCACUUUUUCUACCUCCCCGUGCUCCCCCAAUAUCCAAUCCCAAUGGCGGCCGCAGUAGACGUCCGCCCGCCUGUCCACCGGGACGGGGCCUCCCUCGAAGCCAUCUCGGACGCAGUCGACACAGUCAACAUAUUCAAAGGCAUGGCCACCACCACCACCACAACAACAGACAGCGCAGCCUUCGACUCGGCCUCCCACUUCGACGCCACCAAAGACAAGUCCACCUUCCGGCAAUACACCACGGCCUGCGACCGCGUCAAGCACUUCUACGCGGAGCAGCACGCCAAGCAAACCGUCGCGCACAACCUCGCCGCACGCGAGCAUUUCUACUCCCCUGCCCGCCAGCGCCCGCAGAUGGGCAUCUGGGAGGCAAUGGAGAAGCUCAACACGCUGGUGGACGACAGCGACCCGGACACGUCGCUGAGCCAGAUCCAGCACCUACUACAGAGCGCCGAGGCGAUCCGGCGCGACGGCAAGCCGCGCUGGAUGCAGCUGACGGGGCUGAUCCACGACCUGGGCAAGCUGAUGCUGUUCUUUGACGGGUGCUGCGAGGGCCAGUGGGAUGUGGUCGGGGAUACGUUCCCUGUGGGCUGUCGGUUUGAUGAGCGGUGUAUUUAUCCGGAUUUGUUCGCGGCGAACCCGGAUGUGGGGAAUGAGGUGUAUGCGACGCGCCAUGGGAUCUAUCGCCCGGGGUGUGGUGUCAAUGAGCUGAUGAUGAGCUGGGGCCAUGAUGAGUACCUGUAUCUGGUGCUGCGCGACCAGAGCACGCUGCCGCGCGAGGCGCUGGCCAUGGUGCGCUUCCACUCGUUUUAUCCCUGGCAUAAGGAAGGGGCAUACACCGAGUUCAUGGCCGAUGGCGAUGAGGCGUUGUUGAGCGCCGUGCGGGCCUUCAACCCCUACGAUCUGUACAGCAAGUCGGAUGAGGUGCCCAAGGUGGAAGAGCUGAAGCCUUAUUACUUGGAGCUCAUUGAUGAGUUCUUCCCUCAGAAGAUCAUCAAGUGGUAGAUAGUGCGGGAAAGUAGAACAAAGCGGACACAAUGAAGCGGACGCCCCGGAAGCGGACUCGGGGUAGGUGUGCGAUACAUCCGGCAGUAUCAGACCUGAUAGAGAGGACAAAAGGCACACGAGUGGCAACUACAAGCCCUCCCGCUCUGAGCAAUAAUUUGUUGGCUUCUUU